GCGAAUUAUGCCAAGUCUGCUGUUGUGACCGAACUGAGGGCAGAGAACAGCUACAAGGAUGCACAACAAGGCUUCACAUAGCACCAACAAGGAGCACCAGCUGUAGUCUGAUGCUGCCGGAAGGGCUGCUGGGGUCUGGCGGUCCUCAUACAGCUCCGGUUAUCGAAUCAGUCCAGAUAUACUGAACGAUGCCUCUAUCCAUACGUCUACGGGCUGCGGCUGGAGAUCGCGAGACGUGCUUGUUUGGCUAGCGAGAGCUUGUACUGCGGGUGAAGAUCGAGGAAGGUACAGCUACUGCAUCGUUUGAGGCAUUGUACGCCCGUAAAAAUGGUCGCCUUGUUCGUCCUUUCCGUCACACGGCGCCGAACAGAUCACUUCAAAGCAAGUAGAAUAUUUGUGCUCUCAAUGCUCCUGGGCAUCCACCGCGCUUUGAUGCACGCGCUGAGCAGGCCCGCCGCCAUUGCAAAGCCGAAGUGGAGCGUCUUCCCAAUCCAGAACGCUUUCCUCUUUCGCGACUCAGCAAGCGCUUUUGCCAAGGCUUUUUACGAUGGCCGUUAUCAUCUCAUCGCGUUCGCGCGGAAACGUCAAAGGUUGAAAGUUCCAGCUGCCGCUAGAUAACAAUGGCCAAUUAAUUACGAAGUCGGACUUUCUGAUGCUUUGCAGAGCCACGCAAAUGCGUACGCCAGAAUCGGGCGCUUGCGGACGAUAUAGACGGAAG